AAUGGAAAAGAAGAUGUUUCUUUAUUUUUAGGUUAGAUUGUGAAUUUCAUUAAUAACAAUUAGAAUUAACUAAAUUAUUUUAAUUAUCAGCAAAUCAAACCUACAUAUAACUUCACUCACUUUACUCGGUUGUUUUUACUUUUAAUUAGUAAUUAAGUGAAAAAUCAAAAUUCAUAAAUACGUUACAAAAUGUCUUCUACUGUGCCAGAACACUGUCCUGGUGUUGAAAGUGAAAAUGCAGGAAAAGUCGAUGCAUGCGCUGGUUGUCCAAAUCAAAAAAUUUGUGCUAGCUCAGAUACAAAAAAGCCCGAUCCAGGUAUUCAAUUAGUAAAGGAGAGAUUAUCUGAAGUACAAAAAAAAAUUUUGAUUCUUUCUGGAAAAGGUGGUGUUGGUAAAAGUACUGUAACGGCUUUAUUGAGUAGGACUAUAGCAAAUCUGUAUAAUGAAAAAAAUGUUGCUGUUUUGGACAUAGAUAUAUGUGGACCUUCUCAACCUAGAGUGUUGGGAGUUCAAGACGAACAAGUUCAUCAGUCAGGUUCAGGAUGGUCUCCUGUUUAUGUUGAAGAUAACUUGUCAGUUAUGUCAAUUGGUUUUCUAUUGGGAUCACCUGAUGAUGCUGUUAUUUGGAGAGGACCAAAGAAAAAUGGUAUGAUUCGACAGUUUCUGAGCGAAGUAGAUUGGGGAAAUCUGGACUAUUUAUUUAUAGAUACACCCCCAGGUACCUCUGAUGAACACUUAUCUGCAGUAACUUAUUUAUCAAAAGCUGAUUUAUCUGGAGCAGUUAUAAUUACCACACCACAAGAAGUAGCAUUAUUAGACGUUAGAAAAGAGAUUGAUUUUUGUUUCAAAGUGAACAUAAAUAUUUUAGGGGUUAUAGAAAAUAUGUCUAGUUUUGUUUGUCCAAAAUGUGAAAAAUCAUCAGAUAUAUUUCCUGCUUCAACGGGAGGUGCAAAGAAAAUGUGUGAAGAAAUGAAAGUUCCUUUUCUUGGAAGUUUGCCUUUAGACCCUAGAAUAGCAAGGUGUUGUGAUGAGGGUAAAGAUUUUGUUACAGAGCUAGCGGAUUCACCUGCUUUAAAAGCCUCUCAUGAUAUAGUUAAACGUAAGUUUAAGACUGUCAAAAUAACAGUUUAAUUAUUACUAUAAGAUAUUUAAUAAUUGAUUCAAAGUAAGGUGUAAUUAACAAGGCUUUUUUGAUUCAGUUGCCAUAGUUUUCACUUUAUUCAUCAAAUCUACAUUGUAUAUGAUCCAGUGAUAUGAAUCUUUGGUAAGAUAGUUCCUAUGAGGAGAGUUAAGCUUAAGCCAAAAUAUGUUUGAAAUCGGGUUUUAUUUGAUUUUAUUAGCUAUAAAUAUAAAAAAACACCUCAAAUUUUAUGCAGAUCACUCAUACUUCAGAGAGCUCUUUUUUAUACAGCUUUGUUAACCAUUAACAGUUUUUUUCCUUUUAUAUAACUUGUUUGAAAACUGAGGAACAUUAAUACUUAUGCUUCUGAAUAAGGCUAAGAAAUCUACUAACUGAAUUAUGUUUUAAAAGUACUCCUACUUGGAAUAAUAUUGAAUACUAGAAUUUGUUGUUUUGGUUAAGCUAAAUUUUUAUAUAAUUAAAUAUACCCCUCUGAUUUUGUUAAAACUUUUGUAUGUUAUAGAGAAAAUCAUGCUGAACAAGAAUAUAUAUAGGGCGCGGGUACUAUCCCUUCAGUUACUUUUUUUGUUUGAAGAAUCAAAUAGUUGUAUUAAUUUUUCAGUGAUUGUAAUAUUUGAAUUAAUCGUUAAAAGAAAUACAACCCUUACACUUCUUUCAACCAUUUUUAAUUAAUCAUAUAGUCCAAUUCAAUGAUUUUGUCUAUGGUUUCAUAAAAAUCGAUAGUUAAGAGGGGUAAAAAGAGUCGAAUAAUAUGUGAAAACUUUGGUAUCGAUUUAUUAUUUUAAAUAAUCAUCAAUUUCGAUAGGAUACAUCCGAGACCUUUGAUGAAAAACCUCAUCAAUUCUUUGUGUAUAGCUAAAGUAUCUCUCUUAAAUAAAAAUUCAACCAUAUAUUGCUUAUAAUAAUGACGAGAUCAGCCAUAAUGCAGGUUAAUAUCACACAAAUCUCUCAAGAGCCUCUCUAUGCUUUGAAUGUGUGCUUUGGUUUCUGGAUCUACGAAAUUAUAACAGUUGAAUGAAUCCUUCGUUCUCGACAUGAAUUAUUAUAUCCUCGCCAACAAUAUGUGCAGAUCUUGAUGGAACAGGCUCGAUACCAAGCACUGUAUGAUUGCGCUUACCAAUGCGUUGAGGAAGAUUAUUUACCCAAAUGAAAUGAAAAUUAUACUUUACUUCCAAAAAAGUAUAAAAUAGAAAAAUGAGAAAAAAAAACAAAUGAUACAUACUUCUCUACAAAAAGGAAUCCAAUCUCAAGCAGUGGUUGCUGUUAUAGAAAACUCUUUCAUGAGUUUUUCUUGAUGAGUGGUAGACAAUAAAUAAAAUGAGUAAUGAUUCUACAUACAGUUUGUAUAUCUAUUCGAAUUUGAUUAAACUAAGUGCCAUUUAAUGCACUUAUUGUCCAAUUGCACCACACUUUUUUUUCUUCUGUUUUCGCUUAGCACUGAAAUAUUUAUAAGUACAGUGAAUCUUAAACGUUUCACUAUUUAGUAAAAUCAUCUAACCACGUUCACAAUAAUUUCACUUCUUUUCACUUAGCUAUUAAUUAAAUAAUUUAUUAAUUGAUCACGAUUGUCAAUUUUUGAUUUAUAAUUUGAAAAGUGAAAAAUCUAAGUUAGAAUUAAUUUCUAACUAUUAUUACUUAAUAGAUUGUUUUUUGCGAGGAGGUGUGACAUGAUGUCAUCAUUAAAUAAUGAAGAAAUACAAAGCUAAACUAUGAUGUAUAGAAUAUUUUUCUUUUUCUGAAACUUGAGAAGUUGAAAAACUAUGUGAAGGUUUGCUAUCUGCACCCUAUAUAUAAUUACCUUUUUUUUUCUAGGAUUACUUGAAGUCUGCAGAGGUAAUUAAUAUUAAUGUUACAUAUUUUAAAAAUUUUAUUGCAUCUUUUUUUAAUAAAUAAUUUAACUAUUUGACAUUUAUUUAAGUAAAUAUAGACCUGUUAAUGUA